CUUUCUUCGAUCAAAUCUCAUUUUUUUACCAUUUAACUUUACCUUUUGUCUUUAGUUUUCCUUUUCUCUUUCCUAAACUCUCUCCCCUUCAUUCCUAUUUGAUUUCAAUUCUAGGGUUUCUUGCUUUUUCUUUCUUUCUUUCCUUGGUGUGUCCAAGAACAGCUAACAGUUCAGCAACGGUUAGCAUGUUAUUUGAGUAGCUUCAGAUUUUCAACAUUCUUUGCCAGUAAGCUCUUUUCUAUGUUCAUGUCAGUAAAAUUGUUCAUGCUCAAACAUUAAUUCCAGUUUUCUAGCUUCAAAAUUAGCGGCCUUUGUUGUCUUUUCUUUCUUUCUUUGGUCUAGAGGUUUCAAAAUCUGCUCUUUCCUUCUCUGGGUUUUUCAUAUUCAGAGAAAAACCCUUGUAAAACCCUUGUGUGUAGGUGAUGGUUGAAUUUCUGGUUCAGAUUUAGGUUUUCAGUAAUUUCAUUAAUUGGCAUCUAGGAAUUUCUGAGUUGUAGAUUUAGGUUUUAAGACGACACACAAGUACAUAUAUUGGCAUCCAGGAACAAAGUGUUUUGUGUGAAUAUUCACCGACUAAAUGCAUGGAUGGAAGAGAAGGCAUGGCACUAUCUGGGUUUGCUCCUUUUUACCUCCAUGGAGGGGCUAGUGGUUCUGGGUCUGGAACAGACACUGAUUUGCAUGUCCCUCCUGGUUUCAGGAACUUAUCCAACAACCCUAGUAGUUCAUUUCAGAUUAAUGUAAGGGGUAGCUCUGUAGAGUCAACAAUUCCAGUAGAAAACCCAUCACCCAAUUUUCCUCAUGGCCUUAACAUUGGUGUGGCCUCUGGUGUGCCACUGAGCGAGCCAGCGAAGAAGAAAAGAGGGAGGCCUCGAAAAUACAGACCCGAGACUGAGGGUGCCAAUAUGUCCCUGGGACUGUCUCCUAUGUCAUUGGCCCCUUCAUCAGGGUCAGUCACACAAAUCCUGAAGGUUAGAGGUCGGCCACCUGGGACCGGUAAGAAACAGCGAUUGGCGUCUCUUGGUGAAUGGAUGAGCGAUUCAGCAGGACUCGCUUUUACACCACAUGUCAUCAAUAUUGCUGUAGGAGAGGACAUUGCGGCAAAAAUAUUAUCCUUUUCACAACAGAGGCCAAGGGCUGUGUGCAUCUUGUCAGCCAAUGGGGCAGUUUCAGCAGUAACACUAUAUCAGCCUGCAUCUUUUAGCGGCACUGUCACAUAUGAGGGACGUUUUGAGAUAUUAUGCUUGUCGGGUUCUUACUUGCUUUCUGAAAGUGGUGGUACUCACAAUCGAACUGGUGGUCUAAGUGUUUCUCUUUGUAGUCCUAAUGGCCAUGUCUUUGGAGGAGGAGUGAAGGGCAUGUUUAUUGCAGCAAGCCCAGUUCAGGUGGUUGUAUGCAGUUUUGUAUAUGGUGGUUCUAAGACAAAGGACAAAAUCAAGGUUGGUCCAAAAGACAAAGGUGAGGAGAAUUCUGCGCUUGAGCCUCGUGAAAAAUCAGCUACACCAGCUAAUGCUGCUCCUGGUCAAAAAUCAACUCCGAAUUCAGCAUUGGAUGUGUGGCCGCCUGGUUCUCGGCCAGAUCUGAGAAACCCUCACACAGAGAUUGACCUGACGCGUGGAUGAUCUAACUUGCUGCCGUAGGCCCAAGGCAAUUCUGUGUAUAUUUGUUGUAAAUGAACCGGACCACUCGGAUCUGCAUACUCCUAAGCUCACCUUGUGUGCCCACCAUUAGAUGAUGAGUAAUUUAACAUAGUUACACACUGCCCAUUUUGAGAUUUCAAAAUAACCAUUGUAGAAUAUUCUGUGGUAGGUUGCAAUUUGAUGCAUUGUUGUUACCAAUCGUUGCAGUUAUGAGUGUUAUUUCUUCAAAUUGAACUGAUGCAAAUGAUGAAGGGUGGUGUUCUUUUGGCCUUCAGAUGCUGCUGUGAUGCACUUCAUUUUCAGUUUGUAAAAAUUGACAAUGCUAGUAUUCUAUUUUGGUUUCCUCUUAGAAAUUA